ACCAACUUCCACACUGAGCUCAGGAAAAGUCGGGAAAACGCAUCUGACGCUGCGUGCCUUGGCCUGCAUGUGUUCCCAAAGCGUUUCCUGCAGUUUACCGGCGCGCUGCUCAAGUUCUCCCUGCCGGUUUGGCUGCAGUUGGAGCGGCGUCUGUGCGUCGCUGCGCUCGGGACGCAUAGCUGCUAUGGAAAACACGCACUGAGCGCAUUUUCGGAUUGUUCUCUGCUUGGAUGUUUUUCCACUCUGCUUGUCUUCAAUUCCUGGGUGUUUCCUAUAGUGAGGAUAUUUAAGCAUUAGGAAAAAUGCCUGGGAAAACCAAAUACAACCUGGUUGAUGAUGGACACGAUCUGAGGAUCCCGUUGCACAACGAGGAAGCAUUCCAGCAUGGGAUCAACUUCGAGGCAAAGUAUAUUGGCAGUUUGGAUGUGACGCGGCCAAACAGCAGAGUGGAGAUUGUUGCUGCCAUGAGACGGAUCCGGUAUGAGUUCAAGGUAAAAAACAUCAAGAAGAAGAAAGUUCACCUUGUGGUGUCUACAGAUGGUGUCAAGGUUACCUUAAGAAAAAAGAAAAAAAAGAACGAGUGGACCUGGGAUGAAAGCAAGAUGAUUGUGAUGCAGGAUCCAAUUUACAGGAUAUUCUACGUUUCCCACGACUCACAAGAUUUAAAGAUCUUCAGCUACAUUGCCAGAGAUGGACAGAGCAAUGUUUUCCGUUGUAAUGUCUUCAAGUCCAAGAAGAAGAGUCAGGCCAUGCGAAUCGUCCGGACCGUCGGCCAGGCAUUCGAGGUUUGUCAUAAACUGAGUCUGCAACAUACACAGCAAAAUGCAGACGAAAAGGCGGACUGCAACGGGGAAAAGAGUGGCAGCAAUUCAUCUGGCGUGCGUGCUCAUCCACCUGUAUGUGUGUGUACUUUAUUCGGCCCAGCCCGGGAGUUAACAGGCCCAGAAAAGAAGCCAGCGAUCGUUGCUGAGGAGACGGACAUUGACGCUGAAGAUGUGGUGCAGGUGCAGACGGGCGAGGACUUAAACCUUAACAGAGGAGUGACCGAUCUUGACGCAACUGCGAAGACAACAGACCUAAAUGAAUCUGAAAAUAAGGUUUCGGAAGAGCCUUCUCUUCUGAUGUCCAGUCCCAGGCUGCUACUGCCAGUAUCAGGCACUCUGCCUCCCGGGGCCCCAUUAUCUGUCCACCACCAGAUACAGCUGCUACAGCAGCAGCUCCAGCAACAACAGCAGCAGACUCAAGUGGCUGUAGCACAGGUCCAUCUCUUGAAGGAUCAGCUGAGCGCGGAGGCCACCGCUCGGCUGGAGGCCCAGGCUCGAGUUCAUCAGCUGCUUCUCCAAAACAAAGACCUGCUGCAGCACAUCUCCCUGCUGGUUAAACAGAUCCAGGAGCUAGAAUCCAAAAUGGCUGGACCAAAUUCCAUGGGCUCCCAGGACAGCUUGUUGGAGAUCACCUUCAGAUCCACGGUACCUCCAGUGAUUUGCGACGCCACCACACCCAAAUCCGAAGUGUCGGAUAUCAACCUCUCUGCACUAAGCCCCGGUGAUGCAACCAGCAACGCUUUUUCCUCUACCAACGGGACUUUUGGAAGCCCACUAGUUGAUCAGAGUUUGUUUGAGAACUCCAAUGCCCAUAAGCAGAGCCCUCAGACCUCCAGGACAGGUCAACCCUCCAACCGACGCUCCUCUGCAUCAGCUAAUUCCAAUUCUGGCUCCACCUUGGUUGACACUCCAUCCUCUGGUGGACAGCAAAGGCUGAAAAAUGCUAUUAACUUGGGCAAGGCAGUUGGUGCAAAGGUCAAUGACCUGCUGAGGAGAAAGGAGCCCAGCCACCUCGGGGACAUCGGGGUCACUGAGGUCAAUAAGAAUGUCGGUGCUGUUUGGAGCUGCAUGGACCAACUUGGUCACAAUUCCACCAGCAGUCACAUCUUUGACUCCUUUCCCCGACUCGACCCACCACCACCGACUGGAAAGAAACGUAUCCCUCGAGCUUUGAAGACGACGCGGGACAUGAUGAUCUCCUCUGACCCCGUGGUCUCCUCGCCUGAGCAGGCAGACUCUCCAAGCCUCCUCCCCUCUCCUGACAAGACCACCCUGGGCCCUGACAAGGAAAUGAGGAGCGAGGAAGAGCAGCAAGAAGACAAGGAGGAGCAGGAGGAGAGGUCGACAGAAAUGACACCCACACCCAAUCCAGCAGAGAUCAAAGCUAAUUCAGAGAGCAAGGAGACAAAAUCCACAGCGGAUGCAGUCACAGUAGGGGAGGAUGAAAAGGGGAGCCCGGAAGGAGGUGAGGAGGAUCAUCAGCUUCAGCUCUCUGUGCCAGACCUCAUCAACAAGGAGACCCAAGCCAAACCCUGCGACGUCUGGCAGAGGGCGUCUUCACCAGACUCCCGGCUCGCCUCCUCUCCCAUCUCUGGCAAGGCGCCGUGCCGCAUCAGCCUCGGAGAGGAGGUCCUGCUAGGGAAUGGCGCCCCCUGCAGCAAAGACACAGGAGGAAGCGCUGAGGACACAGAGCCUCACCCAGACCUACUGUCCUUCGAGUAAUACAAAGCUCUUUGGAUCAAGUAUCCUCUGAUCAGCCAACCGGCUUUACUUCAGUGAAAAGGGAACAGAUUCAUAAAGGGAGCAAAGCAGACUGCAGACUAAGCUUUCUACUAGACUUAUGGACCAUAUUGUCACUGUUUGAAGUCUUUUUGACAUCAAAAGAGAUAAAUACAAUGCUUAUAACAGGAGAACGACAGCUGCUUCACCAUUAUCACUGGCACAUGAUGCAAAAUGAGAGAAAAAAACAAGAGCUUUUGUUUUAUUGUGGUUUAAGUUAUAACAAAUUAAUCAAACUGUUUUUUAAAAAGCUCUACCUUUGGCUUUUAAAGCUUCCUAUCUGCUUUAAUAAUGUAACGACAACCAGAUUAUGUAUAAAUGAAUGUAUUUACUGCAGCGACAUUGCCUUUAAAUGGGUUAAAGAUUUAUAGAUUUAAACAGAACCUUAAAACCCUUAAAAUGACCACGGUAAAUUUCAUACCGAUAAACAGCUGAUAUAUUUAAUGUUUUUUUUAAUGUAUGUUAUGAAGCUGCUGCUUUGAAGCCAGUUAUAGACUUAAAAAAUAACAUAUGUUCAAUAGAAAUAUAUAUUUUAAUUUUUUUUAUUUUAGGUUAGUUGGGGAAGAGUUUAAUCUUAGUGUAUUUGUGGAAAAUCGUCCCUAAGAAACCAAACAGUAAGUGAGAAAAGAAGGCAGAACAAAAGUAUUCAAUAACAGCAGGACUGCAACAUGUUUUCACUGAAAGAUGAUAAUUUCUGAAUCAAGUUAUUUAUCUCCACUUCAGAAUAAUUAAUAAUGUUUCAUAAAGAGACAUUUCUCUUUCAGGUAUGAGCAGAAUUUUGCUUUUUGGAUGAGAAAUAUUCAGAAAUAACUUUCUAAAUAUAUUUUCUAAAUCAGAUAAAAAUAUUUUUACCUCUUAUUGCAAAAGUGUGAAAAGGAACAAACAUAUUUAAACAAUGAACAGGAUGUAAAGACAGGUUCUUUUAUAUGGAAUUAAUUGGAGCUCAUUAACAUUGCUUUUACCUAUAAAUCUACUGCUUUUUACUCUUGUUUACUUGUAAUAUUUCAAUGCAUUCGGACAUGAAAGGAUAAAAGACAUUUUCCUGUUCCCACCUGGAAUUUGCUUGUCUUCAUGUUCCCCUCCAAAACACUACAGAAAGUGGGAAUAGAAAGACGUCUGCAUGGAGGGUUUUUAGUAAAGUGACAAGGGGGGUUUCUGAGUUAAAGAGAGGCCAAGGUAAUGAGCUGUCAACAGGAAUAGAUGAAAGAGGAGCAUUUUUAUUCGAGCGGAUCCUAAAGUGACAGACCAAAGAUGGAAAUUAACAACUCCAUCAGAUGGAUGGUUUAAUCAGUUGUUUUUUUUUUGUUUUUGUUUUUUUUUUUAUCUGUCAGAGGAGGAAAGAGAAGCAACACUGUGGAAAACACAUGCAAAGUUGUUUUUUUUUUUAUUUAAAAAAAUGGAAAACCAAAGCUGAAGCGUUUCAGACAUUCAAUGCAGACAAUGUCAUCCAUGUUUUUCCUCUUUAGACAGAUGCUGACUCAGGUGCAUUCAGCCUGUUUUAUUGUAAACUGACAUUGAAAGAGAAAUUAUUAAGCCUUAAAUCAAACCUUUGUGUCAAAGUAGGAAGAUUAGUCUCUGGUUGCCAUGGUUACCUUAACACAAAUCAAACACUAAGAAGUAGAAACCUGUAAUUUUCUAACCCUGUAACCUGAAAGCAAUUUGCAGAUUUAUGCUUCUCUGUUUUGAAGGCGUGGAAGUUUAAACAUCCAAGAUGGCUUUCAGCCAACAAUUAAAAGCGAAUGUCAUGAAUUUCCCAGAUGCUGUGACCAAAGGCAGCACCAGCUGAGAAUGAGAGGAAUGUGGAGCUGUUCUUUAUGAGGGAAAAAAUAAGUUGCUUUGUCUCUUUUUUUUUUUUUUUUUUUUUUCUGAAUGUCGCUGAGGCACUGAGCUGUUACCAAGCAGCUGAGGCCUCCUCUGGAUCUCAAUCAUGGCUAGCUUUUUCAGGGAAAUCACUCAGAAAGGUGCACAGAGCCACAGAUGUAGACAGAGCUCCAAAAAACAAAGAGAAGCCAAUGACUUUGUGUACAAUAUGGAAAAAAAAAAAAAUCGCUGCUUGACAUCGGUGAUCGCUGCUUGCAGGGAGACAUGGGAGACAAGUCUUAACCUUAGGCGCUUUUUAUUUUGGAACAAACUAACAUUUUCUUGUAAUAUUUUAAGGUGACCUUUAACUGUAUUUUGGAAAGGAUUUGGUUCUUUAAGAAAGUAUUUGAAUUGUUGCUGCUUUUUCACUCCAUUUUAGCCUCUUACACCUGACUAAUGAAUUAUUAAAGUAUCAAAAAUACUCUAAAAAUUAAGAGAUAAUCCAGUAUUGUGUUGGCAGCCUUACCAAAAUCAGGCCCAUCAAAAAAAUAAACAAUAGUUCCCAUAUUUUUAACUGGAUUUAAGUGUUUUUCUGUAUGUUUUUCCAGCCCUUUCAUAAUAUCUUGAACUUCUCUCUCUAGUUUUUGUCAUAUUAUACAUGAUGCUAACCACACAGAUGUCUUUGAUGAAAGAUGGUUCUGGUUUCUAUUGAGUUUAUUGCUCACUGGAUCUUUUCUCGCUAACAUCCAAUCAGUAUCUCCACCUCACAGUUAAUACGUCCAUUUAGUCAUGUGUAAAACCUCAUAGUUAACCAAUAAAGCGUUUAUAUAUAUUUUAAAUCACAAGCUCAAUCCUUAAGUAGGGGAAGGGUUCAAAUUCCUGCAGGAUUUCUGUUAAAACUGAGUUGCUCUUCUGUUUUUUUUCCUUUCCUACCGCUUCAUGACGCUUAAGGAUAAUCUUUAGAAUUUAAGGAUAGUGUUAUGAUGUUGUUUUUAUCCAUUUCUAAACCAGCAGACAGCACAGUGUUAAAACAAAUCUGAAUUACUUCUUUAAAAAAUACAUAUUUCAGCUUUUGAGCAACUAACUGAAACUCAGACAACUCAUUAAAUUUCAAAUUUUGCUAAGAUCUCAGAUUUUAGUUAGCAUUUUACGGCUAUCUUACAGUUAUGUUGCUUUUAAUGCUUAAAACACACCUUAUGAACUAAAUCUUUAUCUAAUUAAUCAAAUCACAUUAAAUGCCACAUGUUCAAUUCCUCAAAUGUUAUAAAAGUUGAAUUUAGAGCAGCUUGGAGGUUAAAAAAACAAAACCUUCUAACUGCAUUUUAAAUAUUUCCACUGAUGUAAUGUGAUUUUCUUCUGGUACUGUAGAAGCAGUGGAGACAUAAGAAGGUACCUAGAGGUGCCAAAAAAAAACUAAUCUGGUGUUUAGAAAGGUUCCCAGGGUGGAAACAAAAGAAAUAUUGUUCACUUUUCUUUCCCCUUUGUUUUUUAAUCUUUUUUUGUUUUGUUUAGCUGUGCACUGCAUAAGAAACUGCCA